GUAUUUGGAGUUACAAAGGCGUGGCUGGGGCACAUAUUGUAUUUUCCAGUUUGUGCUUUUUAGCAGCUAUCUGGCAUUGGGUGUAUUGGGAUCUAGAAAUAUUUUGCGAUGAACGUACAGGAAAACCCUCUUUGGAUUUGCCCAAGAUCUUUGGAAUUCAUUUAUUUCUCUUAGGGGUGGCUUGCUUUGGUUUUGGUGCAUUUCAUGUAAUAGGUUUGUAUGGUCCUGGAAUAUGGGUUUCCGAUCCUUAUGGACUAACUGGAAAGGUUCAAUCUGUAAAUCCAGCGUGGGGUGUGGAGGGUUUUGAUCCUUUUGUUCCAGGGGGAAUAACCUCUCAUCAUAUUGCAGCAGGAACAUUAGGCAUAUUAGUAGGCCUAUUCCAUCUUAGUGUCCGUCCGCCCCAACGUUUAUACAAAGGAUUACGUAUGGGAAAUAUUGAAACCGUCCUUUCCAGUAGUAUUGUUGCUGUCUUUUUUGCAGCUUUUGUUGUUGCUGGAACUAUGUGGUAUGGUUCAGCAACUACUCCGAUUGAAUUAUUUGGUCCAACUCGUUAUCAAUGGGAUUAGGGAUACUUCCAGCAAGAAAUAUAUCGAAGAGUUGGUGUUGGGCUAACCGAAAAUCAAAGUUUAUCAGAAGCUUGGUCUAAAAUUCCUGAAAAAUUAGCUUUUUAUGAUUACAUUGGCAAUAAUCCGGCAAAAGGAGGAUUAUUCAGAGCAGGCUCAAUGGACAACGGGGACGGAAUAGCUGUUGGAUGGUUAGGACACCCUAUCUUUAGAGAUAAUGAGAGGCGCGAACUUUUUGUACGCCGUAUGCCUACUUUUUUUGAAACAUUUCCAGUCGUUUUGGUAGAUGGAGACGGAAUUGUUAGAGCCGAUGUUCCUUUUAGAAGGGCAGAAUCGAAACAUAGUGUCAAACAAGUAGGUGAAACUGUUGAGUUCUAUGGUGGCGAACUCAAUGGAGUCAGUUAUAGUGAUCCUGCUACUGUGAAAAAAUAUGCUAGACGUGCUCAAUUGGGUGAAAUUUUUGAAUUAGGUCGUGCUACUUUGAAAUCCGAUGGGGUUUUUCGUAGCAGUCCAAGGGGCUGGUUUACGUUUGGACAUGCUUCGUUUGCUCUGCUCUUUUUCUUCGGACAUAUUUGGCAUGGUGCUAGAACCUUGUUUAGAGAUGUUUUUGCUAGUAUUGACCCGGAUUUGGAUGCUCAAGUGGAAUUUGGCACAUUCCAAAAACUUGGGAAUCCAACUACAAGGAAACAAGUAGUCUGAGACAACAUUACUCUGGUAUCUUUUGUUUCUAUUUUCUUUGAGCGAUUUGACAUAGGGUACCAGUACCAGGGAAAUCUUGAUUUGAAUCAUCGCCCUUUCUUUGACUCUUGUUCUUUCUUCAUCCGAAAAUGCUCCCAAAUAAAUUAACAGGUAUGGAAGCUAUAAUUGAAAACUACGAUCGAAUCUAUGGAAGCAUUGGUUUAUACAUUUCUUUUAGUCUCGACUCUCGGAAUACUUUUUUUCGCUAUCUUUUUUCGAGAACCGCCUAAAGUUCCAACUAAAAAGAUGAAAUGAUUUUUCAUAAUCUCAAUCUCAAUUGAAGUAAUGAGCCUCCCAAUAUUGGGAGGCUCAUUACUUCAACAACUAGUCCCCGUGUUCUUCGAAUGGAUCUCUUAGUUGUUGAGAGGGCUGCCCAAAAGCGGUAUAUAAGGCAUACCCAGUAAAACUUACAAGUAACCCAGAUAUAAAGAUGGCGACUAGGGUUUCUGUUUCCAUUAUUAUAAAAUUUUAAGACUCCAAUAGAUCUAUGAUAAGAUCGUUUAUUUACAACGGAAUGGUAUACAAAGUCAACAGAUCUCAAUGAAUACAAUAGGAUUUAUGGUUACACAAACCGUUGAGGGUAGUUCUAAAUUUGGUCCAAGACGAACUAGUAUAGGGGAUUUAUUAAAACCAUUGAAUUCAGAAUAUGGUAAAGUAGCUCCUGGAUAGGGAACUACUCCUUUGAUGGGUGUCGCAAUGACUUUAUUUGCAAUAUUCCUAGCUAUUAUUUUGGAAAUUUAUAAUUAUUCUGUUUUAUUGGAUGGAAUUUCAAUGAAUUAGAUCCACAAGAAUCGCAAAGUCCUAGCUUUUCAAUAUAAAGUGAAUCAUUUAGGUCUCGUAUUUCUAGUCCAUUCGAUCUAUUUUGGUAGUUCGACCACGGAAUUUUUGUGUUUCUGUAUUUCUGGAAUAUGAGUGUGUGACUUGUUUGUUAGAAUUGAUUCUAUUGAUAAUACACAGAAUGGAUCUAUCAUCUUGAUAGAGAUGGUUCUACUUCGUCGGAUAUUCAUUCUAGUAUCUGGAACACGGAGUAUAUGAUAUAGAUCAAGAAAUAGUUGAACUAUGAUUCAUACUUAAUAUUCAGACCCUGCGCCCAAACUCCAAAAAAAAUUUUAAGAGGUAGAAAUUGUAAGUCGAAAGA